AUCUUGCUUUGAUUCGCUGUAAGUGGGGAACGAUGGAAAAAGCAUGUGUUGCGAAGCCACAUGCAUUGUGCGAAAAACUUAGCACGUUAAAGCUUUGGCGAAAUCGGAUCAUACGCUGUGCGGGAAUACGAGGAGACCAAGACUUUUCAAGAGUCAUCAGCUUUCCUCUCUCGUCCCUUUUUCACGCUGCCCGCGGUCACUCACCGAUCGUCUUUUUUAAAUGCUCGUCUCGGACGGGAUUGAUUCCCGACUUUAAAGCUGCUCGCUUGUUCAUAUUUGCUCUCUCAGUCUGUCGUCGCUUGAAAUUCUCGGACAUUUUCGUCAUCUUCGAGGGGAAAGUAAGGAUUUUUAUGGCUUUCGAGAUGGGUAUGGGACUGGCCAUGGAUUCUACAGAAGAUGCGCAGGCUGGUCCUGGCAGGAAGAGAGACAAGCCCGGUGACCUGACUGAUAUUAUCCUCUCUUGGUCUCUUCGAGAAAUCUUCGAUGUGAAUCUCUACAGGGAUAAGGUGAAGAGCAUCCUGGAGUCAUUUCAAUCAGUUGACCUGUACCUGGCUUCUUAUAUCUUUCCUUUGCUGGAGGAAACAAGAGCCAGUCUCUGUUCAAGUAUGCAGAAUGUAUCUAGGCUGCCUUUCGCGAAAGUUAUUGGGCUUGUCGAAGGCAAGAAGAAUGUUUACCAUGUGGAAGUGGACUACUGGAGAAACAGGUUCACUAACAAUGGCAAGGAACCUUACAAAACUCUGCCUGGGGAUGUUUUGAUGUUAACUAAUGCUAAGCCGGAUACCAUUCCCAGCUUAGAAAGGUUUGCAGGAAGAUGGACAUUUGCAUCGGUCGUUGGAAUUGUAGAACACGAGGACGAGGAUGCUCAAACAUCGGUAACGUUCAGAGUCGAGGCAUUUUUGGACGAUGAAAUGAAUGAUGAUCGUACCUGGGAGUCAACGUAUGCAGUUUUUUUAAUAAAUGCAGUCACUAACAAUAGGAUAUGGAAUGUGCUACACAGAUUUGGGAACUUGAAAGUUGUAAGGGAAGUUCUCUGUACGGAUUCAGCGGCUGAGAAAGAUUGCAAUCUCUGUACUACUCAAAGUCAUGGCUCUGGGCAUGAGUGUCUCGAUAAGAACUUGUUUGGUAGUCUGAAUGAAUCCCAGACAAAAGCUGUUCUCACUUGUCUUGAUACAAUCAAGUGUCAACACAGGUCAGCCGUAAAAUUGAUACAGGGUCCUCCAGGGACUGGGAAGACAAAAACUGUUGCGGCACUGCUCUUUACUCUCUUGAAAAGGAAACACAGAACCCUUGUUUGUGCUCCAACAAAUGUUGCCAUCAAGGAAUUGGCAUCUCGUGUUUUGCAGAUGGUAAAACAAUCGGUUUGCACAAACUCUCAUGGGGAACACUUGGUCUGUAACUUAGGAGACAUGCUAUGUUUCGGGAACAAGGAGCGGAUGAAAGUAGAUUCAGAUAUGGAGGAAAUAUUCUUGGAUCAUCGCAUUGAUUGUCUUGCGCAGUGCUUUUCCGUACUCACUGGUUGGCAGAGUUGUCUACCUUCCAUGAUUGAUAUUCUCGAUGACUCUGUCUGCCAAUACCACAUUUUUGUGGAGAAUGAACGCAAGAUUGUAUCAAAGCCUAAUGGUAAUGAUAUUGCAAGCAAAUAUAGAAGCAGCAAAAAGGAAUGCAAACCUGAAUUUAAAUCAUUUCUGGAAUUUUUCAAGCACAGAUUCAGGUCAAGUGCAGAGUCUCUCCGAAGAUGCUUCUCUAUCUUAUGCACUCAUAUAUCCAAACGUUACCUUUUGGAACAUAAUUUCCAGGAUAUCAUGUCCCUUCUCAUCUUACUUGAUUCUUUUGAAAUUUCACUAUAUAGAGAGAAGUUGGAUUCCAGAAAGUUGAAGGAAGCAUUUUCAUCGGGCCCAUCUUCAUUAAAGACGGGCACAGAUCCACUAUAUACAUCAUUGUUGAUGAAGAGACGUGAAUGCCUCUCUCUUUUGCGAACUCUUAAUACGUCUCUUGGAAGGCUAAAUCUUGCAAAGUCUAUGGGUAAGAGCAAGAUAGCUGAGUUCUGUUAUCAAGCGGCUUCCUUGUUUUUCUGCACUGCCGCAAGCUCAUAUAAGCUGUACUCCAUGGAAAUGGAGCCUGUCAGUUUAUUGGUGAUCGAUGAGGCUGCCCAGUUGAAAGAAUGCGAGUCAAUGAUACCGCUACAACUUCACGGAGUCAGGCACGCAAUUUUAGUUGGAGAUGAAUGUCAGUUGCCUGCUAUGGUUGAGAGCAAGCUUUCUAGCAAGGCUGGCUUUGGAAGGAGUCUAUUCGAAAGGUUGAGUUCUCUGGGUCAUCCAAGGCACCUUCUCAAUAUCCAGUAUAGAAUGCAUCCUGAGAUAAGUCGCUUUCCAACAGCAACCUUUUACAACAAUCAAAUUCAAAAUGGGCCGAAAGUUACCAGCGAAAGUUACAGAAAAUGUCAUUUGCCGUGGCCGAUGUUUGGCCCGUACUCCUUCAUAGAUAUUUCCAAUGGAAGAGAAGAAAGUGGGGAUGAUGGACAUAGCCUUAGAAACUAUGUUGAGGUAGGAGUUGUCCUGAUGAUUUUGAGGAAUCUAUACGGAGCAUGCAAAUCUUCAGGGGAAGAUCUAAGUGUUGGCGUGAUAUCUCCAUAUAGAGCUCAGGUAGCUGCAAUACAAAAGAAAAUUGGAAAAAGAUAUGAAAAUAUUAAAGGCUUUACAGUGAAAGUGAGGUCAGUGGAUGGGUUCCAAGGGGGUGAAGAAGACAUCAUAAUAGUAUCCACUGUGAGAUCAAACCCUCGUGGAUCUGUUGGGUUUGUUUCUUGUACUAAGAGAACCAAUGUGACUAUCACCAGGGCAAGAUAUUCUCUUUGGAUUUUGGGGAACGGGGGGACGCUGACGAGAAGUAAAUCUGUAUGGGAAGCUUUGGUUCAUGAUGCUAAGAGCCGUGGAUGUUUCUUCAGCAUAGAUGAUGUUAAAGCCGCUUUGGCUGGGAAGAAUGAUCAACUUGAUGCUCCAGUUGGUGGAAGGAGUGUUCCAAUUAGAAAUGCAUGCUGGAGGGCAAAGGGCUUUCGUGAUGCUGAGAGCCGAGAAUGUUCCCCCAGUACUGAUGAAGUUAAAGCCAGUUUGGAUGGGAAGAAUGAUCAGCUUGAUGCUCCAGUUGGUGGAAGGAGUGUUCCAACUAGAAAUGCAUGCUGGAGGGCAAAGGGCUUUCGUGAUGCUGAGAGCCGAGAAUGUUCCCCCAGUACUGAUGUAGUUAAAGCCAGUUUGGAUGGGAAGGAAGAGAAUAUUUGGCUCGAUGAUCCGCUUGGUGGAAAUGGUGUGCUAUUUAGAAAUGCUCGGUGGAGGGUUUUCUUCAGUGACAACUUUGUGACGUCUUUCAGAAAGCUGACGUCAAUUAGUACCAAGAUGUCGAUCAUGAACUUCAUCUCAAAACUUGCCGGUGGCUGGAGACCCAAGAAGAGCAGUGUAGGUUUACUCCCUGAAAGCUCUUCUCAUAUCGUGAAGCAAUUCGAGGUUGAUGGUCUCUACUUGCUGUGCACUGUUGAUGUACUAAAGGAACUAAGAUACAUCCAAAUCCUGAAGAUUUGGGAUGCAUUGCCCUUAAGGGAUGCAGCGAGACUGGUUGAACGUCUCGACAGCGAGCUCAAAGCAUAUGCAAAUGAUUUCAUUAGUCGCUGCACCGUAAGAUGUCUUGAGGGGGAUCAGGAAGUUCCAAAGACAUGGGAUUCUCCUCAUGGUAUCACUUGUUUCCUUAGUACGGAUCAAGUGCAAGCUGGGAGCAGUUUCGGCGCGAAUGCUUGGAAUCCGGGAGCGACAGAGAGCCUGCUUUCGAUGCGAUUCCACCCCUCAUCAUCAAGUGUAGUCAGGCACCUGUGCUCGGAGGACCCUGAGAGCGAAGCGAAUCUUGCAUCUGAAGUAACCGAGCUGAUUUCCCCCUUCGGUGGGCUUCAUCUCUGAGUAACCGGUGUUUGUUCCUUCUGGAGCUUUCGACAGAAUCAGGGGAAGGAGUUUGAUUGGUGCUUUAUUAGGAUGGAGUAUACAGUUUCUUCGCAAGGGAUUUUAUAUCUUAACCAUCGAAUACCAGUUCGACAUUUUAACUGAUAUGAAUGG